AUUGGACAGGCCUUCAUUUUUUUCUGUUGACUUCUGCAGAGCACCACAAGGUUCCCUUGCAACGGAGACUCGACGGAAUACUGUUUAUCGCUAUAAACUUGUACACAAGCUCAGUCGCUGUCCCCGACAAUAGGCCAUCGGCGAUGAACGUUCCUAAUCCCCAUUCUAAUUCUUACAGCAGGCCUUUCGACUUCUACAUGAAACCCAAAAAUCAAUUGACGAUCAAAGACUUCCCCCGCCAGAGCCCUCAGACAGUAGACCGAAACCACGUUCGCAGAAAGUGCAAAAAAGCCACGAUGGAUGCCAAGAGAUUUGCCGAGGAGCAACGCCCUCAGCAAAAGAGGUGUGGGCCACAGACCUAUGGAGCCAAUAAGCCCCAGGGCGAGGAAAUACAAUAUAACGAAAACGAUGAGGCCAACAUCAUGAACGAGUCCGAGCCUCAGCGUGAGGAGCCCAUCGCCAACGGACCGAUGCAACGUGUCAAGUCUGUUUAUGCAGCUUUCUAUGGACAGCUGCAGUCCAAGAUUAGUAUCCUGGAGCAGGAGAGAAACUUGCAACUGUCCCGAAUUGCUACGCUGGAGCAGGAGAUUGCACAUCUCGUGAAAACCAUCGCUGACUUGCGUACCAACAAUUCCGAGCUGGAGGUUCAGCUAGCGGAAAUCGUGUCGCGGGAGACUACUGGUAGUAUGGGACAGUGUUGAAGAAAAGCAAAGAUGAUGGUUGGUCGUCAAAAAAGAGGAGGGUAUAAGAUGAUCGUAUUUUGAACGUUGCGACUUGAGUGGAGGAGUGCGGUGGUUGAGGUGAAAACGAUAAACGACAAGAUUUAAACUAGAAAUAAGGAUAGAUAAGCAAGCUAACUUCUUUCAAUAAUAGUACUAGACCAAGUCUGCA